AUGGUUAUAACUCUCAAGAAGGAACUUAUGAUACGCAGCCACAAGACCGUUGAUGGGAGAGGAGUCCGAGUGGAGAUCACAAGAGGACCUUGCAUUGGAAUAGAGAAUGUUAAACAUGUUAUCAUUCAUGGAAUCAACAUUCACGAUUGCCGAAGACGAGUGGGUUUAGUUCAAAUACCUCCAACACUUGGUAGCCGUGGAAAGGUCGGAUGCAGUGAAGAUGAGCAGGAAUGCAGUGGCGAUGCUGUCAACAUAAAAAAUUCCUCUCACAUUUGGAUAGAUCAUUGCUAUCUAUCCAACUGCACAGAUGGACUUAUUGAUGUGAAUCAUGCAUCCAAUAAUGUCACCAUCUCCAACUCUCGGUUCACUAACCAUGUCAAGGUUUAA